ACAAAGUGGAUGCCUCUGAUUGGUCGCUGCGCUUCGGGCCGGGAGGCGGGGCGGGAAGGCCGGAGAAACUAGUUUGUUGGCGGAGCCUAGGCUGUACCGCAGCCGGAGCGUUUUUGGCUGUGGGGAGUCGGCCGACUGGAGCCGCGGCGGAGCCUGUUGAGCUCGCGCGGGCGGCCGGGAGUGGUCUCUGAGGCGGCAGCGGCGGCGGCGGGGAUCGCCUCCGGCAGCUGGCGCACCAUGUCGGUCAGUGUCCAUGAGACCCGCAAGUCGCGGAGCAGCACGGGGUCCAUGAACGUCACCCUCUUCCACAAGGCCUCCCACCCGGACUGUGUGCUGGCCCACCUCAACACGCUUCGCAAGCACUGCAUGUUCACCGACGUCACGCUCUGGGCUGGCGACCGUGCCUUCCCCUGUCACCGUGCCGUGCUGGCCGCCUCUAGCCGCUACUUUGAGGCCAUGUUCAGCCAUGGCCUGCGGGAGAGCCGGGACGACGCUGUCAACUUCCAGGACAACCUGCACCCGGAGGUGCUGGAGCUGCUGCUGGACUUUGCCUACUCCUCACGCAUCGCCAUCAACGAGGAGAACGCUGAGUCACUGCUGGAGGCAGGCGACAUGCUGCAGUUCCACGACGUGCGGGACGCCGCCGCCGAGUUCCUGGAGAAGAACCUUUUCCCCUCCAACUGCCUGGGCAUGAUGCUGCUUUCGGACGCCCACCAGUGCCGCCGGCUGUACGAGUUCUCCUGGCGCAUGUGCCUGGUGCACUUUGAGACGGUGAGGCAGAGCGAGGACUUCAACAGCCUGUCCAAGGACACGCUGCUGGACCUCAUCUCGAGUGAUGAGCUGGAGACCGAGGACGAGCGGGUGGUCUUCGAGGCCAUCCUCCAGUGGGUGAAGCACGACCUGGAGCCGCGGAAGGUCCACUUGCCCGAGCUCCUCCGCAGCGUGCGUCUGGCCUUGCUGCCGUCCGACUGCCUGCAGGAGGCCGUCUCCAGCGAGGCCCUGCUCAUGGCAGACGAGCGCACCAAGCUUAUCAUAGAUGAGGCCCUGCGCUGCAAGACCAGGAUCCUGCAGAAUGACGGCGUGGUCACCAGCCCCUGUGCCCGGCCACGCAAGGCGGGCCACACGCUACUCAUCCUGGGGGGCCAGACCUUCAUGUGUGACAAGAUCUACCAGGUGGACCACAAAGCCAAGGAGAUCAUCCCCAAGGCCGACCUGCCCAGCCCCCGGAAGGAGUUCAGCGCCUCAGCGAUCGGCUGCAAGGUCUAUGUGACAGGGGGCAGGGGCUCCGAGAACGGGGUCUCCAAGGACGUCUGGGUGUACGACACCGUACAUGAAGAAUGGUCCAAGGCGGCGCCCAUGCUGAUUGCCCGCUUUGGCCAUGGCUCAGCUGAGCUGGAGAACUGCCUCUAUGUGGUGGGGGGACACACGUCCCUGGCAGGGGUCUUCCCAGCCUCACCUUCUGUCUCCCUGAAACAAGUGGAGAAAUAUGACCCUGGGGCCAACAAGUGGAUGAUGGUGGCCCCCUUGAGGGACGGCGUCAGCAAUGCCGCGGUGGUGAGCGCCAAGCUGAAGCUCUUUGUUUUCGGAGGAACCAGCAUCCACCGGGACAUGGUGUCCAAGGUCCAGUGCUAUGACCCCUCGGAGAACAGGUGGACGAUCAAGGCCGAGUGCCCCCAGCCUUGGCGGUACACAGCUGCUGCCGUCCUGGGCAGCCAGAUCUUCAUCAUGGGAGGUGACACGGAAUUCACGGCCGCCUCAGCCUACCGCUUUGACUGUGAGACCAACCAGUGGACGCGGAUUGGGGACAUGACUGCCAAGCGCAUGUCCUGCCAUGCCCUGGCUUCCGGCAACAAGCUCUAUGUGGUCGGGGGCUACUUUGGGACCCAGAGGUGUAAGACUCUGGACUGCUAUGACCCCACUUCAGAUACAUGGAACUGCAUCACCACGGUGCCUUACUCACUUAUCCCCACGGCCUUUGUCAGCACCUGGAAGCACCUGCCUGCGUGAGGAGCACCUGCCGAGCCCAGCCAGACCGCGGCCUUCAGUGUCACAGCGUGGCCUUGGCUUGUCUGCCACAGCGGGAGCUAAGCCGGCCCUGGGCCAGCACUCCGAGAGGUGGAAGGGGCCCCGCCAGCUCUGGGGAGCAGCAGCCUUGGGCUGUUCUGAGCUUUAGGCAAGAGAAGAGAAGCAUUUCUUGCAUCUGUGCCCCCGGGGGCCUCUUCAGCUUUGCAGUGGUUUGUGGGAAGACACACCCAGAGGGGCAUGGACUGCCACCAGGACUGACCCUGGCGUCGGGAAGAAGGACACUUGCAGAGCCUUGAGAUCACCUGUUUGGCAGGUCCUGGACUGGGGCCGGGCAGGCAGGGGCAGGGAGGAGCCCCCGGUGGGCUUCGGGGCUGCAGCACUGCCACACAUCCUUUCCCUCCUGGCCCGCCCUGCUGGGGCUCUACUGCCAUCUAUAGAUGGUGUCCCAGGUCUGGGAAACCAGGUUCCCAGGGGUUGAGACCAGAAAGGUGACCAGGACAGAUUUUAUAAGGUGCAGAAACUGCAGGGGGGCCUCAGUGACAUCCAUGAGGCCUUAUUAGCAAAGGACACCCAGACCUCCAAGGUUUGUGGGCCCCUUUCACAAAUCUGUAAGUCCCAGCCCACCUACUCAGGGCCUUGCUCAGUGCUGUGGUCCAGUGGAGACACAGUUGCUAGUGGCCACUCAGUGGAGCUGGGCCUGCAGCAAACUCAAGGCUCCAAGUGCCCUGGGGGUCACCUCUCCCCUCCCCUCCUCAGAGCCCACCCUGAGAGGCAGCAGUGACCCCCAUGUCACACACCUGCCAACAGCACUGGGGGCUUCUCCCCAGGAGACCGCACUGCCCUCCAAGACAAGGAGCAGCUGUGAGCUGGAGACAGUAGAGGGACCCCAGGGUGUCCCCUGCAGACCCCACCAGGGCCGCAUCCAUCUCAGUGUGGAGGACUGACGGGGUCCUCACCAUCUUGCGUCUUGGCCCCCAUUUGCUCCCUGAGCUCCAAGAUAAGAAUGGCCCCGAGAGAACUGCUGAACAUUUGUUCAUUGCUGUCACCUCCUGAGUCACUGGGGUCCCUCAUCAGCACCUCCCUGACACCUGGGCUAUGGAGAGGUUGGCACCUGUCAGUGACCAUCGUAAUGCCUCUUGCUCACUCCCAAGCCGCCAUUUUAGAGGGAGGGGUGUUGGUGCCCUGACAGGGGCUGGGCAGGGUGUCCAAACUUGUGGCUUCCCAGGCACCUGCAGUGUGAACACUGUUUGGCUUGCUCAAGAUUAGGGCCGCGGAGGGGGCUGUGCCACAUACCAGUUACUUAAGCAGCCCCGAGUGUUCCCCAUGCCUUGGUGCGGGUCCUGGAGGCCUCUUGGGGGUGGGACCUUUGGGCAGGGUUUACCCACUGAUGCGUGCCCGCCAUGGGGCACUGGCUGCAUGGGGCUCCUUGGGCCCUAUAGACCCAGCAGGCCCCGCCUGUGUCAGGCCGGCUGCCCGAAGGCACUUGGCUGUGGUCCCAGGGGAUGGCUCUGCUGGCGCACUCAGGAGCCCAGCUGCGGGGACUGCAGGGAGGGCGCCUGGACCGGUGGGGUUGCUUCACUGAGAUAAAGCACACUUACCACAUAGCACAAAGGACGUGCCAUGGUGCUUUCCCCGAAAGUUGUGUUGCUUUUAUCAGUUUUCUAACUUAAUAAAAAGAGUUGAGAAAAUUCUUUGCCUGCCUUGUUGUGCUGGGAUCAGUCUUGGAGACAUUGCUGGUGGCUGACUUCGGUCCUGUCUCACCAGCCAAGGCUCAAGGCCUGCCUGCUGGCAUCUGCCCCUCUCAUGAGCUGGGAAGGG